AUGCUUUCAAUUGCGUUUCUAUUGGAAAGAAUUGUCUUAUUCGGAUCGUCUUUUCUAUUUCUAUUUCCUCUCAUCAAUUGUUCAUCAAAAAAGAAAUUUGAGACUGAUGGAAAAGCUGAUCUGGUACCCAAAAGUGUUACUCCACCCGUAUCUUCUCCAGUUAACGAUGAAUCGAGUAAACAGGCUCCGCCUACUUCUCAAACUCCACCGGCUCGAACUCCUGUUGAAAAAACUGGAAGUGUGCAGGAAGACACUCUUGCAAACGUCAAAUCACUGCCUCCAGAGAAGUCAGAAGCUCCAGACAGUAAGAAGAAAAAGAAGAAAUAA